AUGACCGGCAAAGAAAACAGCAAUGUAUCUACCAGCAAGUUCAAUGAAGCUCCAACAAAAUCGGAAAAAUCAUUUAACGUCGAUUCGAUGAAAGGAAUUUUAUCAGAAGAUGUGCCAUUUGAAGAGGAUAUCAUCCGUAAUCCCACUUCCGUUAAUUGUUGGCAGAGAUAUAUCGAUCACAAGCGGCAAAACAAAUCACCUGCUAAACAAGUGUUCUUAAUUUAUGAGCGUGCACUCGCAAUUUUUGAAAGGAGCUACAAACUUUGGUACCAUUACCUCAAAUACAGGGAGAGCACAAUAGUAAAUAAGUGUCCAACUGAAAACGCGUGGAGAUCUCUUUGCGAUACAUACGAGCGUUGCCUCAUGAGAUUGCACAAGAUGCCUAGAAUAUGGAUUUGCUACUGUGAAGUAAUGAUUAAACGCGGUCUUAUCACCGAAACUCGCCGUGUUUUUGAUCGAGCACUUCGUUCACUUCCGGUGACUCAACACAUGCGCAUUUGGCCUAUGUACAUCGAUUUCCUCACCAGUCACGAUCUUCCAGAUACCACAAUUCGUGUUUAUAGAAGAUAUCUCAAAAUGAAUCCCAAAGUUCGUGAAGACUACAUCGAGUAUCUUAUCGAACGAGAUCAAAUCGAUGAAGCAGCGAAAGAGUUAACAGUUCUCGUAAAUCAGGAUCAAAACGUUUCUGAAAAAGGACGGACUUCGCAUCAACUGUGGACUCAGCUUUGUGAUCUGAUCUCAAAAAACCCAGUGAAGAUUUUCUCAUUAAACGUUGAUGCCAUCAUUCGACAAGGAAUCUAUCGGUAUACUGAUCAAGUAGGAUUCCUUUGGUGUUCACUUGCUGAUUAUUAUAUUCGAAGUGCCGAAUUUGAAAGAGCUCGCGAUGUUUACGAGGAAGCCAUCGCAAAAGUGUCUACUGUUCGUGAUUUCGCACAAGUAUAUGACGCAUAUGCAGCUUUUGAAGAAAGAGAAGUAUCCAUCAUGAUGGAAGAGGUUGAACAGAGUGGCGAUCCGGAGGAAGAAGUCGAUUUAGAGUGGAUGUUCCAGAGAUAUCAAAGUCUUAUGGAACGAAAAAAUGAAUUGAUGAACAGUGUUCUUUUGCGGCAGAAUCCACACAAUGUUGGCGAGUGGUUGAAUCGGGUUAAUAUCUAUGAAGGAAAUUAUAACAAACAAGUCGAAACAUACAAAGAAGCUGUCAAAUCAGUGAACCCGAAAAUUCAAGUGGGAAAGAUUCGUGAUCUCUGGAUCGGAUUUGCCAAGUUGUACGAAGAUAAUGGUGAUUUGGAUGCCGCUCGAAGAACUUUCGAAACUGCAGUCGUUUCUCAGUUCGGAGGAGUAAGUGAGCUGGCAAAUGUGUGGUGUGCCUAUGCUGAAAUGGAAAUGAAGUAUAAACGACCGAAAGCUGCUUUGGACCUCAUGCGAAGAGCAUGUGCUGUUCCCAGACCAGGAGAUUAUGAAAACAUGCAAUCAGUACAAGCAAGAGUUCAUAGAAGUCCUAUUCUCUGGGCCAUGUAUGCUGAUUAUGAAGAAUGUUGUGGCACUGUGGAAUCCUGUCGAAAAGUAUACGAUAAAAUGAUUGAGUUGCGUGUUGCUUCGCCACAAAUGAUCAUGAAUUAUGCCAUGUUCCUUGAAGAAAACGAAUACUUUGAGUUGGCUUUCCAAGCUUAUGAAAAGGGAAUAGCUUUGUUUAAAUGGCCAAGUGUGUUCGACAUUUGGAACACUUAUCUUGUAAAGUUCAUAAAAAGGUAUGGCGGAAAGAAAUUGGAACGCGCAAGAGACCUAUUCGAACAAUGUCUCGAAAACUGCCCUCCAACUCAUGCUAAAUACAUUUUUUUGCUAUACGCUAAACUCGAAGAAGAACACGGACUGGCUCGUCAUGCUCUUUCCAUUUACAAUAGAGCAACUUCUGGAGUUGAUCGUUCUGACAUGCAUUUGAUGUACAACAUCUACAUUAAAAAAGUCCAGGAAAUGUACGGAAUCGCCCAAUGUCGUCCUAUAUUCGAACGAGCCAUCUCGGAGCUUCCAGAAGACAAAUCACGAGCAAUGAGUUUGAGAUACGCACAAUUAGAAACUACCGUUGGAGAAAUUGACAGAGCUCGAGCUAUAUAUGCUCAUGCUGCAGAAAUUUCCGAUCCAAAAGUUCAUGUCAAGUUUUGGGAUACAUGGAAAACCUUUGAAGUUGCUCAUGGAAAUGAAGCGACUGUCAGAGAUAUGCUUCGUGUGCGUCGUUCUGUUGAAGCGUCUUAUAAUGUUAAUGUAACACUCACAUCCGUGCAAAUGCGUGUUGAUGCUGAACGAAAAGCACAGGAAACAACAAGUGGAGUUGUCAAUCCAAUGGACUCCCUUGAUCAACAAGCUCACCAGCCAGUUGAUGGUGGAACUGUCACUCAAGUAUCAAUGAAUAAGGGUAAUAUUUCCUUUGUUCGUGGAGCCAGCAAAACGGUGCAACAAGACACUACCGAAAAUCCCGAUGAAAUUGACUUGGAUGAUGAUGAGGAGGAAGACGGAGACGAAGAAGGUGGAGAAAUGGACAUUUCUACCAAAACUGUUCCGGCUCAAAUUUUCGGAUCUUUGAAACUCGCUGAUGAAAGCGACUCUUGA